AUGUAUAGAGAAGGCAAGUACGAGGAAGCGCUGGAUUUUUACACCGAAGCGUUUUUUCUGGCCAAGACCAAGCCCAAGCCCCAAAGGGUUGCCCUUCACAGCAAUCGUGCCGCGUGUUAUCUCAAACUCCAAGAUUUCAAGAAGGCAUCGGAAGAGUGUACCUCGGUGCUCGAGCUUGAUCACAAUCACACAGGAGCAUUGAUGUUACGUGCCCAAACGCUGGUCACCCUGAAGGAGUACCAUUCAGCACUUUUUGAUGUCAACAGGCUCAUUGAGUUGAACCCAUCAUCGGAGGUGUAUAAAAAUCUUCAAGCCAUUCUGAAGUCACAAUUGGUAGUCACUUCUUUUUCCUUUAUUCUGCUUUUGCAUUUAUUCAACUAUUCAUCGUCGUUAACUGAUAUCCUGAUUAUUCAUACUGUUCCCAGUUAUGGGAAUUGCUGCUUUAAAAGCUUCGCUGCCCCUAAAACUUCAAUAUAUCUUCCAUGUUCCCGACCAUUGUCAAUGCAUUAA